AUGGAGGGUAUUGCUGGAAUUCCGGGCUCCGUCCUCCUGCUCGCAGGCGGUCUCAUCAGCUUCUUCGUCAUUGGAAGGAUCGUGACGUACGCGAGGUUGAGAUCGUUCAAAGGACCCUUUUUGAGCAACUUCACCAAUCUGCCUCACAGGAAAGCUUUGUUCCAGCAGAGGUGCCAGGAGUGGUACGGCGAGAUUUGUGAGAAAUAUGGCCCAAUAGCAAGGAUUGCUCCAAACGUGUUGAUCACCUCUGAUCCCGAUGUGUGGAUUCAUGUGAAUAAUAAGCCCGGCUAUAAGCGUUCCGAGUGGUAUUAUACAGCCUGCCGCAUUGAGUAUCGACGAGACAAUGUCUUUACGCAGACGGACAACAGGAAGCAUGAGGCGCGAAGGAAGCAAAUGGCUCCGGGGUAUUCUGGAAGAGAAAACCCCGAUCUUGAACAAAGCAUUGAUGAGCGUCUCCACGAAUUCAUUGACUUGAUUAGGUCCAAAUAUGUUUCCACAAGCGGCAAUGUUGUACCGGUGGACAUGGCGAAAAAAGUCCAAUUCUUCACUUUGGAUGUCAUCAGCGGAGUUGGACUGGGCAAGACUUUCGGCAUGCUGCAAAGCGACAGCGACGUAGAAAACUAUCUCCAAUCCAGCGAAGAAGGCCUUCAUAUCGCCAACUUUGGUCUUGCCUUUAGCCUCAGCUGGAUCACGCAGGCGCGCUUCCUCGGCAAAUUCAUCGCCCCGUCGCCAGACGACAGCAAGGGAUUCGGCAGGAUGAUGGCCACUUGCUUCCGCUAUGUCAACGAGCGUGUCGCAAAUCCUACAGAUAAACGAUCCGACAUGCUGGCAUCAUUCAUCCGCCAUGGCAUCUCAGGCGAUGAGUUGCGCUCAGAGGCCCUGGAACAGAUCGUUGCCGGCUCCGACACCACAGCAACUGGCAUCCGAUGCACCCUGCUUCACAUCAUCACAAACCCGCGUGUAUACGCAAAGCUCCAAAAGGAAAUCGACGAAGCUAUUCGAGAUGGCAAAGCUCCUCAGGAUGAACUCAUCACUCACAGCCAGGCAAAGCAACUCCCCUAUCUUCAGGCCACGAUCCGUGAGGCCAUGAGAGUCUGGCCACCCGUCGCAAACGUCUUCUCACGAGAUAUCCCACCUGAGGGCGACACCGUCAAAGUCAAAGGCGAAGAUGUCUUCUUGCCUGGAGGCGCCUGUAUCGGAUAUUCUGCGCUUGCAAUGCACCACAGCACCGAAAUCUACGGCCCCGACGCAAAGGCAUUCCGUCCCGAGCGCUGGUUCGAAGAAGACAAGGACAAACUCGCGCUCAUGCUUCGCACCAACGAGCUGAUUUUCGGCUACGGGAAAUUCCAAUGCCUCGGAAAAGCGGUUGCUCAAAUCGAAAUUGGAAAAGUAGUAUUCGAGAUCUUUCGCAACUUUGACAUGGCCCUGAUCAACCCGACGAAACCAUGGGUGGCUUUGAACUCGCUUGGAUUGUUUACCAUUUCCGACAUGUGGGUGCAGGUGAUGGAGAGGCAUGCGUAG